CGAACGUUCUCCGCUUCCUGACUGUAGUGUUGGAAGCGAUCGAACGAGGAUUUAAGUUUUCCAGCCAAGUGAACAAUGUCUUCAGCUGAACUUCAGUCCCACUUCAUCGUUGGUCUGCGCAGGGAUGUGACCAACAACCUCUGCUUUUUUGAAGAGCAAAUCAUUAUAUUCCCAGCUGGAAACAACUGCGUGUUCUACAACAUUCUUCAGAAAUGGCAGAGAUUCAUCCCAGGUACAGAGAAAAGCCAGGGCAUGCGGGCACUGGCCAUCAGCCCGAACUGCCGCUACCUGGCAGUGUCCGAACGAGGUGAGAAGGGCACCAUCACGGUGCAUGAUCUGCAGCAUGAACAUAGCAAGAAGAGGAAGGUGCUGAGUGGGGGUGAGACCCCUGUGAAGGAGUUUGUUUGCAUGGCUUUCUCUUCCGACUCCAAGUAUCUCAUUGGGCAGUCAGGAGCACCAGACUGGACCCUCUUCUACUGGAUGUGGGAGAAGCAUAAGCUCAUGGCUACAGUUAAAACCAGCGGCAUUACAAACCCUGUCAACCAGGUCAGCUUUAAUCCCCAAGACAACACUCAGAUCUGUGUAAUCGGGAACGGCAUAUUCAAGAUUUUUCGCUACACAGAGGGAGUCCUGAAGCAAUCCAAUUUCCUGAAGCUGGAGACGCACAACUUCCUGUCACAUGUCUGGAUGUCACAGGAGCGUGUGAUCGCAGGAACCGAGGCCGGUCGGCUGACGGUGUUUGAGUCAGGAGAACUGCGGUGGGAGAUGAGCGUGACGUCCAACAUUACCACACAGGAGGCUCAAAGGUCAACUGAGAGGAAAAAGCAAGAUGAUGCUGCCACAGCCUCUAGUCACCUUCCUCGCGUCACAGCGAUCGCAGCCUACUCAAAAGGGUUUGCCUGCUCAGCUGGUCCAGGCAUUGUGUGCUUGUUUGAAAAGACAGAGAAGGACAGUUACAGGAAAGGCAGGGAAAUCCAGAUUCCUCAGGAUGAAUGCAUUAAUGAGUCCAGCCAAGCAGAGCAGCAGGAAAUCAACACCUUGUGCAUCAGUCCUUGUGAGGAAACUCUGGUGGUCACCACUGACUUUGGUCAACUCUAUAGCAUUACCCUGUCUUCUGCAGAAAUGAGUAAGGGGGAGCAAGCUCACUUUGAGUUCCUCUCACACUCCUUCCACUCGGGGGUCAUCACGGGCUUGUCCGUCUGCAUCCGCAAGCCACUCGUUGCCACGUGCUCUUUGGACCACUCUGUGCGCAUCUGGAACUAUGACACCAACACUUUAGAGCUCUACAAGGGUUUCCAGGAGGAGGCCUACAGCAUUGCUCUACAUCCUUCUGGUCUCUUUGUCCUGGUGGGCUUUGCAGACAAGCUGCGUUGGAUGAACCUGCUCAUUGAUGACAUCCGGACCUUUAAAGAAUUCACUGUGCGGGGCUGUAGAGAGUGUGUCUUUAGCCAUGGGGGACACCUGUUUGCUGCCGUCAAUGGAAACAUCAUUCAGAUCUAUUCUAGUACAACUUUUGAAAACACGUUGAAUCUCAAGGGUCACAAUGGAAAGGUACGUGGCAUUGUUUGGAGCAUGGAUGACAGCAGGCUGGUGUCUUGUGGCAUGGAUGGUGCUGUCUAUGAGUGGAACACUCUGAAUGGCAAGCGCGAGUCUGAAAGUGUCCUGAAGUCCUGCAGCUACAAUAGUGUCACCAUGUCCCCAGAUGGCAAGACCUUCUUCAGUGUGGGGACAGACUGCACCGUGAAGGAAAUUCAGGACUAUCAGAUCCUAAGAGAGCUUCCAGCUGAGGGUGUGGUUUGUACAACCAUCACAAUGUCCCGUUCAGGUAGGGUCCUCUUUGCGGGCACAUCCAUUGGGACCAUCAGAGUCAUCAAGUACCCCUUACCAAUAGUAAAGAACUGGAUUGAGUAUCAAGCUCAUGCUGCACCUGUGACCAAGAUGGUCAUUACAUGUGAUGACCAGUACCUGCUGACCGUUUCGGAAGACUGCUGCCUUUUCAUCUGGAAAAUCAUUGAGAAGGAAGGACGAGUGCUCAGGAGGGACAAGGAGGUCUACUAUACUGAGGAAGUCCUUAUCACAAAAUAUGACCUGGAGGAAAAGAACCAAAUGAUGCUUGAACUGAAGACAAAAGUUGAGGAGUUGAAAAUACAGAAUGAGUAUCAGCUCCGACUGACAGAUAUGAAUUACAGUGACAAAAUCAAAGAACUGACAGAGAAGUUCAUACAGGAGAUAGACUCUCUGAAAGCAAAGAACCAGGCUCUACAGACUAAGAAGGAAGAAGAGGAGGUUUCCCACCAGCAGGUGAUGAUGGAGCUAAUGGAGCGACACUCUAAAGAAAAACAAGACUUAGAGUCCAGCAACAGCCAGAAGCUGAUGCUGGAGUAUGAGAAAUAUGAUGAGCUGCAGCUGAAGUCACAGUCCAUGCAGGAAGAUUAUGAGCAGCAGCUGCAGAACAUGGAGCAGAGCAAGAGGCAAGCACUGGAGGAGCUCACCCUGCACUAUGAGACCAAGCUGCAAGAGAAAGUCUUCACUCUAGGCCAGUGUCAGGAGGAGUCCCGCCAGCAGGUACGGGAGUUUGAAGAGUGCAAGAAGCAGAUGGAGGAGGAUGGGGAAAGGGAGAUCCAGGAUAUUCGCAUUAAGUACGAGAGGAAACUCAGGGAGGAAAAGGAAGCUAAUCUGCGACUCAAGGGUGAGACGGGCGUCAUGAGGAAAAAGUUCAGCAGCCUGCAGAAGGAGAUUGAUGAGAAAAAUAUGGAAAUUGAGACCAUGAAGGCAGAGCAACAGAAGCUUCAGAGGGUAAUCAAGUCCCUGGAGAAGGACAUUCAGGGGCUGAAGAAGGAAAUCCAAGAGAGGGAUGAGACCAUCCAAGACAAGGAAAAGCGUAUCUAUGACCUGAAGAAGAAGAACCAGGAGUUGGAGAAGUUCAAGUUUGUGCUGGAUUAUAAGAUCAAAGAGCUGAGGAAACAGAUCGAGCCCAGAGAAAAUGAUAUCAGGGAGUUGAAGGAGCAGACACAAGAGAUGGAGGGUGAGCUGGAGCAGUUCCAGAAGCGGAAUACCCAGCUAGAGCUGAACAUCACAGACCUGAAGUUAAGGUUGAAAGCUGUGGAAAAAGAGAAGCAUAGAGAGAUGCAGAGGGUGCGGGACAUAGAAGCAGUGGUGCGGAAGUUCAAGACUGACCUCCACAACUGUGUUGGCUUCAUCCAAGAGCCCAAAAAGCUCAAGGAUAGUAUCUGUGAGCUGUACAGCCGAUACAUCCAGCAGUCUGACGUGGUGGACAUUGCAGGGGUGGAGGUUGAGAUCCAGAGCGAGUACAAUCGCCAGCGGGAUCAGCUAGAGAGGAACUUGGCUUCUCUGAAGAAGAAGCUGGCCAAGGACUCUGAAGUGUACCGUGCAAAUAAUAUCAGGAUCAUGAAGGAGAAUGUCUCCUUGAUCAAGGAGAUUAAUGACCUGAGGCAGGAGCUGAGACUGGUCCGCUCCCAGGUUCAAGAGUACGAGAGCCAGGGAAGCAGUGGAAGGAGGAUCAGGAAGCAAAGCCUCUUUGAGGUCAAAGCCAGUGAACCACAUGUCCGCCAACAUGGAUCAGCUCAGGGACAGCGACUGCAGAGACCCACAGGAUUUCCACGACAGACGUACUCCUCCAUUUGAUACGGACCAGUUCAGUCAGUAGGAGAAGAACAUUUUGUCUGGUUACUCUGUGUUCAUCACACAUACUGAUUCCUUGUGUGACAAACAGCAGUGUGAUUUUCAAAAAUACAGACAUUUUACAGUUUUUGUAUGUUCUUUUGAUUGCAUUUUCCUGUUAACGGUAAAGCAAAUGCUAUAAAUUGAUUUUUAUUUUGAUGAGUUUUUAUUUUCUGUUAAACUGCUUUCAGUUUUUUAUGUUU